UUUGGGGAAGGGCUCAUGCCAGGAGGGUUCACUUUUACCAGGCUCCAAGUGUCCCCAGCAACCAGUGUCUCCUGUACCAGCAGAAGCUCCAGAUCUCUGACCCACUUGCUGCCUCCGCGGCGUCUUUGCCCACAGAACAGCUAUGAGAAGGCAACUCCGGUCCAGAAGGGCUCCUGCCUUUCCUUACGGUUAUCGCUUCAGACUUGAUGAUCAGGAUGAAGUGAAUCAGAACUACUUAGCAGAUGAAGAAGAAGAAGCAGAAGAAGAGGCUCGGGUGAUGAUGGUGCCUGAUUUGGAGGAGGAUGAAGAAGAGGAAGAGAAAGAGGAGGAGGAGGAGGAGGAAAAGGAGGAGGAAAAGGGUCAGGGUCAGCCAACAGGCAAUGCCUGGUGGCGGAAAUUGCAGAUCAUGAAUGAAUACCUGUGGGACCCGGAGAGAAGGAUGUCUCUGGCCCGAACAGGUCAGAGUUGGAGCCUGGUUUUAGUCAUUUACUUCUUCUUCUAUGCCUCCCUGGCUGCUGUGAUCACCCUCUGCAUGUAUACACUAUUUUUGACCAUCACUCCUUACAUGCCAACCUUCACUGAGCGGAUGAAGCCUCCUGGAGUUAUGAUCAGACCCUUCGCCCAUAGCCUUAACUUCAACUUCAACGUUUCUGAACCUGACACUUGGCAGCAUUAUGUGAUUAGCUUAAAUGGCUUUCUUCAGGGUUAUAAUGACAGUCUUCAAGAGGAAAUGAAUGUAGAUUGUCCUCCAGGGCAGUACUUCAUUCAAGAUGGCGAUGAGGAUGAGGACAAGAAAGCCUGCCAAUUUAAGCGCUCCUUCCUAAAGAACUGCUCUGGUCUGGAGGACCCUACUUUUGGAUAUUCUACUGGACAGCCUUGCAUCCUCCUAAAGAUGAACCGGAUUGUAGGCUUUCGUCCUGAGCUUGGAGAUCCCGUGAAAGUUUCCUGCAAGGUUCAGAGAGGUGAUGAAAAUGACAUCAGAUCCAUUAAUUACUACCCAGAGUCGGCUUCUUUUGACCUUCGCUACUACCCUUACUACGGCAAACUGACUCACGUUAACUACACCUCCCCACUGGUAGCAAUGCACUUUACAGACGUGGUGAAGAACCAAGAGGUACCUGUGCAGUGCCAACUGAAGGGCAAAGGCAUCAUAAAUGAUGUCAUUAAUGAUCGUUUUGUGGGUAGGGUAAUUUUUACCCUGAACAUAGAAACCUAAGAACUCCAAGGGGCCACUCCCACCAGUUCUAUUCCUGUUUUAUUUCAUGUUAUUCCUAGUAGCACCUGAAUUCUUAUUCUUCAGUUAGGACACAGCCAGAUGGAUGCCUAAGAUAGCAGGUCAUCUUUCCUUGCCUUUGAUAUAUGUAUGAAGUGAUAUUGUGGGAGCUGUUUGAUUUUUUAAAGGUAGUCUCUCCUGAUGACAAAUAGAGCAUAUUAAUUUGCUUUCCCUCCACCUAAUACAAAACUCAUUCUUGCUGUUAGAAACCUCACUGUUGUGUAAACAUAGUAUCUGAUAAAUUCUUAGUAGCCAUGUUCAGGAGAAUGUCUACAAUGCUUAUAAAUUCAUCAUGUUUCCCAAAAUUCAGUUGGUUUUAAAGGUGAGAUUCCCCCCCCCCACACACACACACACCAGGCUGAUAAUCUAAUUCCCUCUCUUUUUUAUAUGCCUGGCAAAGUUUUACCUUGGGAAUCACCACUUAGACCAACCCAAAUUACACCUAGGGCCACUAUAUCUAUAGAACUCCGUAUCCAGGGGUGCUUGAGAAACUGACUCUCACAGGCAACUAAAUACUGAUUCAAAACUAGGUUAUCUUCAACUGGAAUAGAAAGCAGUAAUAACUGGAUAUUGUUCUGGGAUUGAGAAGACCUUUUGUGGGACUUUUUUUGGGAGGUGGGACCCACUGCAAUUGGGGAGAACACUUAGCAUAUGGAUGCAAUUGGUGGUUGAUUCCAUGCUCUAUGGUAUAAUUGUCCAAAGGCAUACAUUCCUGAAAAUAUGUUUGGCUGAGCUCCAGGCAGAGGAGAAAACAUGGAAUAUCUCCAUCAACUAAUUCUUCUUGGGCUAUUUGCUUGACAGUAGUAAGAUAUUCUUUGAGACCAUCAAGGAUGGGUUUGUUGAUUCCCAACUACAGCCCUGGGAAUUGAAAUCAGCUCUGGGAAUUGACAUACAUGGCAAGACAGAAAGAUCCUGUCAGGCCACCCUGAAGCCAAGGCUCAUUAGCCAGUUUUAGGUUUACUUUUAAAAUGACAUGAGGCAGAUGUUCAUCCAUGUUGUGGAUGAGCCAAUUCCCUUGUCUUAUCUUUGGCCAUGUGACCAUUCCAUUGCUGCUUAACACCUCCACCAGGGGGAGAGCUGGGACAAAGAGAGAAGGCAGGGGAAAAUAUCAUUAGUGUCUCAGGGUCCAAAGCAAGCUUAAAUGCCACUUAGAAGCAUCCAGCAUGUGAAUCUCCUCUACAAUGUUUACUUUCUCCCAAAACAGGGAACUGGCAGUCUGGUAGUGAAGACAAGCAAGUAGAAAAUGAAUUAUGAGACAGUGUAACAAGAGUUAUAAAAUGAGUAUGUGGAAAUGUUAUGGGGAACAUGAGGAAAAAGAACUAUCUCCAGGUGAGAAGUAGAAGGAAGUUUCACAUGCAAAGCCACAAUCAUGAAAAGACCAUAUCAUGUUUUGGUCACUGUAAAUUGGACUAUAAAGAGAUCAGAAGGAAAUGGCAGGGAGUGGCAGGAGACUGAGCUAGAGAGGUGUUCAGAGACUUUGAAUAUUAUUCAGUAGGUGUAAAAUAGUCUUUAAAGCAUUUUUAUCAGGAAAGCUCCAUGAUCACAUUUGCAAUUUAGGAAGAGCACUUGGGUAAUCACAACAUAAAGGGUAUAUUGGAGCAGGACCCAUUCAGGGAAUGGGGAGAAGGAACAAAAAAUGUCCCCAAGUUUCUGAGUUUGGCUAAAACCAGUGAGACGGUGAUGUUGUUGAUCAAGACUGGGUAUAAGAGAGAAGCAGGUUUAGAGAGGAAGUUGUUGAGAUCAGUUUUGGACAUUUUAGGUUUGUGGUUUCUCUUGGUCAGACAUUGAUGUGGAGAUACAAACACAUAUAAAGUUGGAGAGAAGGAAAGCUGAGAACAAAAACAACAUUUGGUUAAGUGAACUCACUUAAGAAAUCCUAAGCUAUUUAAUCUUAGGAAUUUGAGCCAGUUAUGUAAACAUACUACACCAAUUUCAUCCCUAACAUAGUGAUUUCUCUUGGCUUUGCGGCAGAAAGGACUGCUAUUGCUCUUCAGAAUCUCCUUCCCAGACACUUUCCAAGUUUUAUUAACAGAGUAGAGGAGGACUGACCGCUAUUAACAAGUGAUAGAAGACAUACACAACAACAGAUAUAUAGAGGAAAAAAAAAAAAAACAAAAAUCAGGAAACUAUCUCCUCUCAACCCAUUUCUAUAACAAAUU